AGAGAGAGAGAGAGAGAGAGAGAGAGAGACGUCCGGAUUGUAAUGCUGAGCUCUCACUGGGGAUUGCGAAGACUGUCCCACUAAUUUCCGUCCUGCUUCCCAAGCCCUCUCCAGUCGGACGGAUCCGCAUCUGAAGCUCAGGUCGCGGCGGCUGAAGCGGAGCUCCACUGCGGCGUUGGAGUUUCUCCCGUAUCGGACAUAUUCUGGCUCCCAUGGAUAUCCGAUGGUGACCCAAAGAGGUACUACUUGGUGUGAGAGGCUGAAACUCAAAGAAAAAGAGAGUUACUCUCACGCAUCCAAACCGCUGAUGCCGCUGGCGACUCUGAGCCCAUGUUGUGUCCUUGCUGGGAUAAACAAGUGGCCUGGCCCAAGAGCACAGUGUUUCUACACGCCUUAAAGCCCACACAGGAUGUCGUGGGCCAGAAGCCUCUUUGUAGGCAGAGAGGAUGAGCAAAAGACGGCAUGGGGAGAGCGCAAUGGCAAGAAGAGGAAGGACAGCUCGUCACUAUGCAAUCCACGUUACAUGAGUUGCCUGAGGGACCCAGAGGACUCAGAAAUCCCUAACGUGGCCCCUCAGCAUUACCACUGUGAAGCAGGCGCCAGUGGGGGCAACUUUGGCCUGCGCUGUGGCUGGCAGGAGGACCACUAUGGGAAGAGGGUGGUUGGUGUUGGAAAUCCUGGCCUGGAAGAUGGUGAGCUGAAGGACAAGAUUGAAGAGGAAGCAGGGGAACUAGCGGGGAGCAGGUGUAAGAAAAUGACUGCUGCAGACUGCUGGAGGUGGCUUUUGUGGGUUUUUCAAUCCAAAAAAUUUCAGUCCGCCAAGCUGGAGCGCCUGUACCAGCGCUAUUUCUUCAGGCUCAACCAGAGCUCUCUCACUAUGCUAAUGGGGGUGCUGGUGGUGGUGUGCGGAGUCCUGAUUGCCUUCCACUGUGUCCGCACUGACUUGAAUGUGCCCUACAUCUCAUUGCUCUCAGUGGCCAUGACUCUCUUCCUGGCCAUGAUGGUCGUGUGCAACCGCAACGGCUUCCACCAGGACUACAUGUGGAUUGUGAGCUACCUGGUGAUCGGAGUUCUGGUUGUCCUCCAGGUUUUUGGGGUGCUCAUGGUGUUCCCCCGCAGUGCCUCAGAGGGCAUUUGGUGGACAGUCUUCUUCAUCUAUAUUAUCUACACUCUGCUGCCUGUCAGGAUGAGAGCUGCUGUUCUUAGUGGGACUGUAAUGUCCACCAUUCACGUUGUCACCGCAUGGCAGCUCAACCAGGAGGAUAAGUUCAUUUUGAAACAGAUCGGUGCCAACGUGCUGAUCUUCCUGUGUACUAACAUCAUUGGGAUCUGUACCCACUACCCUGCUGAGGUCUCCCAGAGACAGGCCUUCCAGGAGACGAGAGGAUGUAUUCAGGCCAGGCUGCACCUGAAAAGGGAGAACCAGCAGCAGGAACGCUUGCUGCUAUCGGUUUUGCCAAGGCACGUCGCAAUGGAGAUGAAGGCUGAUAUUAACGCCAAGAAGGAGGACAUGAUGUUUCACAAGAUCUACAUCCAGAAACAUGAUAAUGUGAGCAUACUGUUCGCUGACAUCGAGGGCUUCACCAGCCUGGCGUCUCAGUGCACGGCCCAGGAGCUGGUCAUGACACUGAACGAGCUCUUUGCCCGCUUCGACAAGCUGGCCUCGGAGAACCACUGCCUGCGCAUCAAAAUCCUCGGAGACUGUUACUACUGUGUUUCAGGGCUGCCCGAGCCCCGGGCAGAUCAUGCCCACUGCUGUGUCGAGAUGGGAGUAGACAUGAUCGAAGCCAUUUCGCUGGUGAGAGAAGUGACAGGUGUUAAUGUGAACAUGCGGGUGGGCAUCCACAGUGGGCGAGUUCACUGUGGGGUGCUGGGCCUGCGCAAGUGGCAGUUUGAUGUCUGGUCCAACGACGUGACGCUCGCCAACCAAAUGGAGGCUGGAGGGCAGGCAGGACGCAUUCACAUUACCAAAGCCACUUUGCAGUACCUCAACGGGGAUUACGAGGUAGAGCCAGGAUAUGGAGGGGAGAGGAACGCUUACCUGAAGGAAAACAACAUUGAAACCUUCUUGGUGCUUGGAUGCAGCCAGAAAAGAAAAGACGAGAAAGCCAUGAUGGCCAAGAUGCAACGAACACGAGCAAAUUCUGCAGAGGGACGGAUGCCUCGCUGGGUGUCUGAUAGAGCUUUCUCCAGAAGCAAGGAGUCCAGAGUCUACGAGAAGAUGGUGAGAUUCCCUUCUAAAACACUUUGUCAUCUAAAUCCUUUUUAGAGGUAUUUUAACAAGAAAAUGUUCCCACUUAAGGUAGUAUAUGCUUUUAAUUUGACUCAGAUAGGUUCUAAACACCACAAUGUAGCUAUUUUUGAGCUGAAAUGCUUAUGUUAUACAGAGAUUGAUGCAGGGCUGACAUUUACCGAUGCAGACGGAUAAUAGAGCUGAGCCUGUUGUUUAUUAGUUCCAGCAUGCACAAUGUUAGCCCACCCUGCAAGCUGACAGGUUUGGUGACUGUUGUUCCAAGUUGGAAACAUUGUGGAGGGAAUGAAACAAGCAAGUUAACUUUUUUACAGUUUUACUGCAAAAUAAAUGUAUUCUGCAGUAAAAAACCCAUUUUCUUCUUUUCUAGUCUGUCGAACCUUUCAUUUCUGCCAAGAAUUUCAGAUCUUCAAGCCACAAGCUGUGGUUUAAAAAAAAACAAGAACAAUAAACAGCCACACUGAACUAAAAAGGUUUAGAAGCUAUGAGUCCUUUCCCAUAAAGCUUCAGUGCAGGACUAACACUGUCCAGUCGAGAUGAUUGGCUUUAAGGGGACAUGCUCUGCUUAUCAGCUAUUUAGUUGUUUGUCUAUUUCAUGGAGGGACCAUAUAAUAGGCAGAUACAGAACAAACAAUUCUGUAUUUCAGGGAAAUUGUGUUAGUUUUUUUAUUAUUUAUUUACUGUGAUGGAACAAAUACCAAUCACUAACAUGUUCCUCUAAAUAUCAGUGAUGCUUAGAGGAGCCUUGACAAAGCCAUGUGCACAGUUCUAGUGUAGUUUUGAGCUCAUAUUUAUUUAAGAGUGACAUCGCAUGCUCUGUAAAUAUAAUUAGGGAUCCAGAAAGUGAGACAUAUUUGGAGGGCUUUCUGUGCAGACAUAAAAGGGCCACUGGAAAUUUUCAAAGAGAUGCCGACUCCAAUCAAACAAACAAAAAUCAAAAUAGAUCUCCAGGGGAGCUUCCUGGUCCUUCACUAUUUGUCCCUCACCACUCUCCUUAAUCUGAGUCUCAUUUCCUUUUUAUUCCUGCAUUCUUUCUCUCUCCUCUUCCCUCUUCUUCUGUC